GGUUUAGUUCGGUUCCGGUGCGACAUCGAUGUGGAUCGGAUAUAUUCGUACGUACGUGUUGUGCACGCGAUCGACGGUUCAGUAAAGUUUCAAUCGUGUAACGUUUGCCAAAUAGUAAACCCACAUCCGUUUUGCGUCGCGGUUAAACCGCUGUGCAAAUGCAAACUAUAUUCCCUUAUCUGAAACUCUUUGCCCAGCACGAUUAGCGCUGCGCGGUGGCCACCGUAGAGAGGUUUUGUUUCUGACUAACUCUGGCAGUUGUUCAAAUGAAACGAGUGAAGAAGUGACGAAUAGAUGUUUCGUGCCCCUGUAAAAUGUGCACCGUUUAUUGCAUCAUGCGAAGAAAGAUCGACUACUGUUUCCACUGGAUACCAUUUUAGUGGACAGUUACUUUAGUACACCGCCAAAAACUUCCUAAUCUCUACGUCUACAUUUCGUGAACUCGGCUGUGAUAUAUAAACUAACAAGCGAACUGGAACCGUCUCAUUCCACCACCGGAAGACACAAAACCUCUGACCCUGUGUCCUGCCAAAAGUGCUGUGAAUAUUGUUAAGAAAAGAUUGCAUUGCAGUCACACCGGAAGUCCUGUGUGUUCAAGCUGAUAAUAGUGUUCACUUGACGUUAAAGUUUACGUGUAGAAAAGACAAAAUGACUGGAAAAGACUCGGUCGUCUUGGUGGACAAAGGCAGAAUGCCACAGAUUGUGGCCACCUCGAACGAGAAGGGAGCCGCCACGACGCUGGCCACGGUCGAAAGCCAGCCGAACAAGGCGGCGGAACGGGGAAAGGCACUGCGGCAGGUGAUAGCCGCCUUCAUCGCUAACAUUGGCACGAUCAACACCGGCCUCAUCUUUGGCUUUUCGGCUGUCGUCAUUCCACAGCUGCAGGCGGCGGAUUCGCUCAUUCCGGUGGACGAGAGUCAAUCGUCCUGGGUCGCAUCAUUGUCAUCGAUAGGUACACCGAUCGGAUGUCUGCUGAGUGGAUUUGUGAUGGACAACUUCGGGCGCAAGAAGGCGCUGAUCGUGACGCAGAUCCCGACCAUCAUCGGCUGGAUCAUGAUUGCGAGCGCCUCGAACGUGGGCAUGAUCUAUGCUGGGCGCGUCCUGACCGGCUUUGGCUCGGGCAUGGUGGGUGCCCCGGCCCGCGUCUACACCUCCGAAGUGACCCAGCCCCACCUGCGUGGCAUGCUGUGUGCGCUCGCCACGACCGGCAUCAGCUUGGGCGUGCUGAUCCAGUACACGCUGGGUGCGUUCACCACGUGGAAGGUCCUGUCCGGGAUCUCGGUGGUGGUGCCGGUGCUGGCGCUGGUGCUCAUGCUCUUCAUGCCGGAAACACCCAACUACCUGGUGUCGAAGCAGAAGCCCGAGAAGGCGCUCAAGAGCUUGGCGAAGCUGCGCGGCUCCAGCGUCAACAUCGAGCGGGAGGUGGACCAGCUGAAGGCGUUCGCCGCCAAGACGAACGCGUCCGGCAAGAAGAAGAUGAGCUUCCACGAGACGGUCCAGGCGCUGGUGCAUCCGUCGUCGCUCAAACCCUUCGCCAUCCUCACGUUCUACUUCAUGAUGUACCAGUUUAGCGGCGUCAACACGAUCACGUUCUACGCCGUCGACAUCUUCCGCGACUCCGGCACCACGAUGGACAAGUACACGUGCACCAUCCUGCUCGGUGUGAUCCGCCUCGUGUUCUCCAUGUUCGGUGCGAUCCUGCUGCGUCGCUGUGGCCGCCGUCCGCUCACCUUCAUCUCCGGCAUCGGGUGCGGCUGCACGAUGGUCGGCCUGGGCGUGUACCUGUACUUCAAGCACCAGUGGGACACGAGUGUGCCGCCGAUCGCACCGACCGCCACCUGGUUCCCGGUCGCAUGCAUCUUCAUCUUCAUCAUGACCUGCACGGUCGGGUUCCUCAUCGUGCCGUGGGUGAUGAUCGGCGAGCUGUACCCGAUGAAGGUCCGCGGGCUGGUCGGGGGCUUUACGACCUGCAUGGCACACAGCUUCGUGUUCAUCGUGGUGAAAACGUACCCCUUCCUAACGCACGUCCUACAGCGCCACGGAACGUUCAUCCUUUACGGAUGCUUCUCGUUCGCCGGAACCGUUUUCUUCUACAAGUGCCUGCCUGAGACGAAGGGCAAGACAUUGCAAGAGAUUGAAGACUACUUCUCCGGCCGACUGAAGACGCUGAAGAAGCCGAAAGCUGGCACUGGCGGCGCGGAAGGCACGGGCGAUGGCCAGCAGCUGCUUCUGAUGGGGAACGGCGCUAAGCCGCCGGUUCUGAUGGCGGAGAAAAACAAACUGCUUCCUUAACUCCCAAGCGAGGAUGAGCGGGUUCUGAAUGCACCAUCGAAGGGCUUCCCUAGAACUGUGUUUUUCCUGAAACAAAUGUUCCCCCCAGGAUCAGAUGAGCGGCAGCAGAAGCGUGUGUUGUUAAGUUAAACUACUUUUAACCUGACUUUAGUUUUAAAUGUUAUCUAUAACACAGUCAAACGUUAAGUAUUAAAAGACGUAUUGCAUGUAGACGUGUCUUAGGAAAAACAUUUAGCGUGUAAAUGGUAGCGUAAGAGGUUAGGAGAAAGAUGAAAUUAAUAAAAGAGGAACGUGCAAAGGGAAAGCUGUUUUAUCUGGUGCUGAGCCACAUAAAUGCACUCGUCAAAGGGGGAGAACAUGCACAAGAACACGACAAUGAAUCGUUAGGACGCUUACGUAUAAGUAAACCAGAAGAAAGACUCAAUGUCGUUGACCGGAAGGAAAGAUCCGUGUUCUGCUGCGUCCUAGGAUAUAUAGGAUUAAACUAUUACGCCUCAAGUGCCUCAGCAGCAAAAGAGGGGACACAUUUGCAAACUCGAGUCUCUUUUGGCCUGCAGAAAAUGGUAUAUGAUACUUAUUUUCUUAGGUUCGCGGAAGAUAGAAGUGUAGUACUUAUGAAAUCAGUGCAAAAUGCCAUUUAAAAGCUUUGUAAAUCGUUGCACAACUGUGUAUUACACUGUUGUAGCUUCUCUCGAGAAAAACUAAAAUAAAGCACUAAGUCAGCUACUAAACAA